UUAGCGACUCAACACCUUUCUUUUCAAGACAUCACGGAAAAGCACCUUCAUUAAACAAAAGCUGAACUUGAAGAAAACACAGGCCAGUAGCUGAAGACUCCAUGUCUUACUGAGGAGCUGACAUGCUGCACAGACUUAAACUGGGUGUCUUGCUCCACUGGCUGAUUCUCUUCCUGUUGAGUCCGGCCUACGAAGCCUCGUCCCUGGGCCUCACAGUGCAUGUUGUGCCUCUCGAGGAAAAUGGAGGGAAAACGGUUCGGGCUCAUUUUACUGUCAUUACUCCCUCUCCUUGUCCUGAUUUGUUAGCAGUCUGUGCAGCAGGAAAGGACUGUCAGGCCCACCGCACCGCCCUACCUUUCAGCUACACCAAACCCAGCCCAGCGUGGUGUGUCCGCCAGUGGCAGAAAACCGUACCGAGCAAUUACAAUUCUUUUCUCAAAUUAGGAUUCCAGACAGAGUUUUACGUCUCAAUAAAUGCAGACCCAAAGAUUCGGGCGAAUAAUGGAAAACUCAACAGGCCUCCUUUUGUGGCUCUCCCUCCUCCACUGAGGGCCAGGGUGAACUGUCCCGUUGACUUCCAUAUCUCAACAAAGGAUCUGGAUGGAGAUAAAGUCCGGUGCCGCUUUGCGAGUGCCAGCAGUGGAGAGUGCCGGGAGUGUAUUCCACACAAUUUUCUGGAACUGGAUGAGGCGAGCUGCACUCUGACAUUCACUGGAAAAGCAGCUGCAGGACAAUACUUUAUCUACUUAAUGGCAGAGGACCUGAUUCCCGCGCCUCCAACGAGACAGAUUUUAAACAAUUCUCCACUCAGCUCUGUUCCUGUGCACCUCUCUCUUACUGUGGAGGAGUCGGCUUCAGACUGCAGUCAUAGCCCCUUGGUGCUUGAUGGGACCCCAGAGAGAGACUCUGUGCAGUUCGUCCUGCCGUUUCAGGAGGUGAAAUUCAAUGCUAACUACAAGUCUGACCUUGAGAGUGUUUUGGAGAUAGCGGUGGUCGGCCCCCCUGACCUGUACAGAGUUGGCUUUGCAUCCAUCAGCAGCCUGGCAAAACUAACUAUGGCCUGGAUCCGCUCUGAAAACAACCUGACCCAGCUGUUGCCUGUCUGCUUUGUUGCAAACACCAAGAGUUUUCAGUCCCAGCUGCGAUGCGUGUGGCUGUACCAAAGGGAAAUGAGGACCCUGCCUGAUGGAACUGAGCUGAGGUGUAAUCAGACAGAGAUGUCUCUGCUGCUCCCUGUCACCUCCCUCACCAACGUCGACCUGGACAAAUUACAGCUCAACAGCCCCACCUGUCCUGUCACCCACAACAGCACACACUUGACUGCACACAUACCAUUAGGUGGCUGCGGGACUAAGGCUGUGCACUCUGGCACAGAAUUGGUUUAUACCAACACCUUAAAAAGCGUGCAUCACACCAUGAUCAGCCGCCGGCCCUCGCUCAUCCUCCCUCUGGCCUGCCGGAUCCCAGGAGCGGAGGUCAAAGGGCCUCAGUAUGCCAUCAGCAUGCCAACAGAGAGGGAAACGUUUGGCGAGAUUAUAGUCUGGUUAGAGUUUCACCUUCCAGGACAAGGGCCUCUGGCACCACUCACCUCCUCUCCCAGGUUUCGUUCCAAUUUCUUAUCAUCUUCAAGAUUUCGUCGUGAGACAGGUUCAGAAAGCAGCACCUCCAAUAGCAGCACUCAAACUGGUCUCCAACAUGACGAAAUGGUCAAGCAGUUGGACCUGUAUGUGAUGUCUAACUGCAGUGUUGAUCGAGCUGAGAUGAUAGUAACAGACUGUAUGGAAUCUGAGAAGGAGGACAUGGCAGACAGCCAUCCUCUUGUGGAAAAAGGGUGCAUGAUGUCCAACAACACACUGGAGAUUAUUACAGAAGAAAAAACUUUCAAGAUUUACCGUCUGGAUAUGAACACAAGGACAGUCACUGGAACAAAGAUGUAUUUUGAAUGCAAAAUCAACCUGUGCAUUGCCACCAUGCCCUCUGAUAAAUGCCCUGAUCUGUGUAGCAACUCAAGCAGUUCUAGCAUGCUGGUUAACAGUGUGUUCACUAGCACAUACUCCAUCCGCUCAGGGCCUGUGAGUCUCAUGGUGGCUGACUUUAUGAACAGAAAUACCACUGCAACAAAUCCUCCUACAAAUAAUACUCCUGGGCCAACCGUCGCCCAACCAGCUACUACACCAGGAAGUACUUCGCCAGCUUCUCAAAUUCCAAAUGUAACCAGUACAAAUACAAAUACUGCAUCUCAAGCUCCAGAAGUGGCCACAUCCAGGAUAACUGGUGUGAUCCUAAUGACUAUCGCCAUGUUUCUCCAAAUUACCAUCCUUCAAUAAAAAAGCUACUGGACAAAGACCUGACAGAUAACGAAGCACAGCAUGUUUUUGUUAUGGAACUUUGGAGUAUAAAAAUAAACUGCUCCAGAUUAACAUGACAACAGAGGCAUAGCUACACUAGUUAUUCAUCUUUCCCUAUCUCUAUAUUUAAAGUGAAAGGUAAAAUGCUUUUUUUAUUAUUUUAUUUACUUCACAAGGCGGCAGACCAGAUAAGUUUGAUCCGCCGCCUUCAGAGCAGACCAAACUUAUCUGAUAGACACACAUUGUUCAUCAGAUAAAUUUCAGUAUAACACUGGCAAUGUUAAGAAAGCCAAAUAAUUACCUAAAGCCAAAUAAACUGUUUUCAGUUGAGCAGAUAAAAACAUUUUGUUCUUCGUCUCUCCUGUGAUAUUUUUUCCCCCAACAUAUUGUACAAAUGUGAUCAUUAUGUUUUAGACUUUGCUUUCCAGUUUUUGUCUUACAAUUAUACUGAAAAUAUGCAUAUAUACUUACUUUCCUUGAAAAAUAUAUUUUUCUUAUAUUACAAAUUAUUUACAUGGCAUUGCUAUAUGUUGUUGAAAAUAAAUACUUCCACAGACAUUGAAAUACAUUAAUGUUGACUUUUGUUACAAAACUGUUUUAGCAUGAAUGAAAAGUAAAACACUACAAUGAAUGCAAAAUUGAAUGCACUGUUAUUUAGGCAAAUGCAUUUGUCAAAUUAUGAUUCCUUCAUUUUAAGUUGUGUUUAAUACACAACUUAAAAUGAAGGAAUCAUAAUUUGACAUAUUUUGUAAUGCAUUAUUUUCAUUAUUUUAUACAGUGUGGUGAAAAAGUGUCCUUUUACAGAUUGAUUUUGUUUUGUCACACUUUUCGUCAAAAAUGUUUCAGAUUAUUGACCUCAAUAAAAGCAAGUAAAGUCUGCAGUGCACUC